UGACGUAAUACACAACAGCUUUAUUUCGGGAGUUACUUUUUCUGUUUUGAUCGCAAAUAACUAACAAAAUAACAUAUCUGAAGCAUCAAAAUUACAUGCAGAUGUAUGAACAAUGAAUGCUGUAAGCCUCUACCUGUCGACAUGCCGCUACAUUAUGCAGGCAUCUCCUGAGAAUCCAUAUUCUUGGGGGGAUCUCUACAAAUACUUGCCCUAUUUACGUCAAGCACUGUCUUGCUGUGUGUGUACACACAUUUUGCACAUUCCAAUGGGACCUAUUGAUACCAUCUGUCAGCAUCACGUCUGCCAACAUUGUAUCGGUGGCAAAAUGAGACUUUACCCGUCGUGUAGUUGGUGCAAAGAUUUUGGACAGUUUCAAGAAAAUACACAACUUCGGAUCGUGAUUCAAUGUUACAAGAAACUUUGCCAAUAUUUGUCUCAUUCUACAGUCCUGAAUGUUUAUGCAGAAGUAGAUAACGGUGAUAAAAACAGUGUCAUGAGUAUCAUUCAAGAAGGAAUAACAAUCGCAGACAGUUAUGAUUACGGAGCAAAUCCGCUGCCGCUGUCAUCUUUUUAUACGAAGUGUCAAUCGCCAAGACGAUACUUGGAGUUUGAUCAUGAGGCAGAAAAAAAUGCUGCAGCAUCAAAUUCAACACCAAAGGACCCUGUGUUGGAGCCUGCAUCACCACAACCAACGUCUCCAGGUGUUAGUACUGAGUAUGUACCACCGUCUUCAUCACCGCCCCUGUCCCCUUCCUUGAGCAGGAAAGAAAGAAGGCGGUCAAGAAGUGGGAAGAACACUGCUGGUGCUUCCAGUAGUGUGAUGCAGUCUGACGAAGGACAUAAUUCAAAACAGAAUGACAGUGGAGAAACUUUGCCCAUUCCAUCUUCAAGUAGUGCUGAAGCUGGGCUGAGUUCAUACACUGGUGCUGGUGCUGGUAGGCGGUGUCUUGAUUUCAACUCAAGUGCUGAAAGUAAAAAAUGCUUCGAUUCAGAAAGUGGUACAGAUGGUCAUGAUUCUAGUUUAGAUCGUAAAAAUCAACGUCGUGAUUCUGUUACAGAGCGAAAACACUCUCGCUCUCGGACUGGGAUGGGAAAUAAGACAUGCCACAAACCUGUAAGGAAGUACAGUUCAAAAUCUAGUGACAAUCAUGCCCAGAAAGAACAAAGCUCGUGUGAGACUGGAUCAAAAAGUGAUGGUGGUUUCACCAGCAGUGAUUCUGAGAGAGAGAGGAGAGAAAAGAAAGGCCAGCGAUCACGUCGAACAAGUACAACGCGUGUUGCGAUGGGUGGUGAUUAUAGGAUUGUCGAUAAUGCACAUAAACAUUCAGGGGAGAGGGAGAAAGCGACGGUUGCAGAGCCUGACACAAGUCAGCCAGCUCCUCAGGAGAAGCCCCCUCCUCUCAGUCCAAGAGUUUGUCUGGGGGAGCACGACUACAUGAAAGAGAGUCCAUAUUACAGUGUCAGCAUGCCCAAUGGGAAUGAACCUAAGCUAACAAUACGACGUAAACAACAUCCCUCCCACAGCCCCAGCCAGAGCAAUCAAAGAAAAAGACAUCGGACUGCAGACCGUAAUAUCCCACACCUGGAAAUGUCAGGCCCAAUACUGAGUUCUAGUUCUGGAAACUCGAAGAAGAAGAAGCGAUCAAAUAAAGACGUCAAAAAGAAAGGCUGUCGUUGUGGCACUGCUGCUUCAACACCAGGAAAACUGACUUGCUGCGGGCAGCGAUGUCCGUGUUAUUCAACUCACAAACCUUGUAAUGAUUGUAGUUGCCGUGGCUGUCACAACCCACGGAAGUUAGUUGUCCCAGACAGCACUGUGAAAGAGGAUGACAAUGAAGAUACUGAGAUAUUUGUUGAUAUUUGAAGCAAAUGUAAUGUUAACUUAAUGAUAAAUCAUGUAAAAAUAUUUCAAAACUUGCUUAGGUAAAAGUAUUAGAAAGUCAACUUUGAAAGAAAUGGGAUACAUAAAACAUCAUCGACCCGUGGUGUACUUUCUGAGUGCCACAUAUACUUGCCUGGCUGCCAAUCCUGAGGUGGUGGGUGAUCAAAUAUUUGAUACGCAACUAGUUCAUCAAAUACCGGAACUUUCCUUGCAUUAGGCAUUUAUCUGAAGUAGGUCAGAGGAACACCUUUCCUACUGGACGCAAGCAAUCUUUGCACAUAUUUAGAGUGGACCUGUGUUGAAAAAAGUGCAGCUAUUGUCAAUGAUGAAGUUAGUAAUCAUGUUACAUUUUUGUACAUGUAAGAUGUCUUUCUUUUUUUUUCUAUGUCAUAAGCUUGCUGUGUGAUUUACCACUGUGAGUGUCGUUGCCUUGAGAUGAGUUUUGAACUCGGCUGAUUCAUUGGUGACAUGAAGACAAUUAUUUAUUUCUUCAUAAUUUAUCUGAGGGUAGUCGUACCCUUACGUCUGUUCUCUAUUUUUAAGGUAGAAAUCGAAAUGUCCAAAGUUGAGAAUGAACUUGAGUCUAGUUGACCUUGCAUACUUGAUCAUAUUGCCUACCUUUUACUCCUUAUUGCCAAAAUGAUUUAGCUUUUUUAGCUUGCCAAAAUGAAGGGAGCAAUAAAUAUCGUUGCUGAUAGUAAGUGUUUGUUGAUAAUAUGAGGAUUUCUGAUGACAGAAAAGAAGACAUUUUCAGUUGUAAGUCUAUAUUGACUGAUAAUUUAUUGCAAGUCAUGUUUAACCACAAAAAAAGUGGUUGGUUUUGUCAUUUACUCAUAUGAAUAAUGUAGGAACUAUGUGGACCUGUGUUUUCAUAGCUUACAUGGUAUUUGUAUCAGUUUUACCAAGAAUUAUAAAGCCUAGUCUUUUCUUUAUCAAUUCUUGGUUCUGCCGAUGUGGAAUGAUAUAUUAUUGUAUUGUUUUAAAGUGCUUUUAUUUUGGCUGCUUGCGAUAUGUCCUCUGCCGGCUUAGAUGUAUUUGAUAUCAAUGAUUUUAAAGCUUAAAUUAAUUCUUUUACAGAAAGGGUAAUGUGUUAUCAAGUGGCCAGUUGAAUUUCCCAGUUUGUGGUUUACAUGUAACAUUGCAGAUCCGCAAACAAGUCGUGAAAUUACAUGUAGUGAAACUUGCUGUAAUGUUUUGAUAAGUACCAGAAGUAUUUUUUGAAUAUCUAUCUGAAUCCCAUCUCAUAGUUUUCCUCUCUAUACAAUCCAAGGGUUCCUUGAACUUUUCCGAGAAAAAUUCUCAUUGCCCAUUCUCAACUCAUGAGGUCGAGAAACGGAUAGAUUGGAAAAUCAGUAAGAUUCUGAUAGAUAUUUGAAUAUUUCUCACAGCAAGUAGUGUCAGUGUUCAAGAUUAUGUACAUAAAUGUACGUAUUAGGAUAUGGGUUCAAACCUUAGUUGAACCCAAUUGUUUUGUUACUGUGUAGUGUACAGUAGUUAACACUUGGAGUAAUGUAAUGAUUAUGCACUAAUCAAUGUAGAUCAUGUUAAUGUGAAGAAGAUAAUUUUGAUAU